AUGACACCUCCGAAGCCGAACAAAGCACUGUUACUUUUUUUAUCGGCUGCACGUGAAUCCGUGGGAUGCAUGCUCGCCCAAGAGGACAACGGGGUGGAAAGAGCGGUCUAUUAUCUGAGCCGUGGGCUGACCGAUACUGAGAUUUGCUAUACUGACAUAGAGAAAAUGGGCCUGUGUUUGUACUUCACUUGUUACAAAUUACGAUAUUACAUGUUGCUGGUAGUGGUGUACGUACUAUGCCAGACCGAUAUCAUUAAGUAUAUUCUAUCGAAACCAUACAUAAGAAAUCAGAUUGGGAAGUGGGCGAUCGCCAUGUCCGAAUUCACAUUAGGUUACGUUCCCCAGAGAGCAGUAAAAGGACAAGUUUUGGCCGAUUUCCUCGUCGAUCAUCCUAUAAUUACCCUUAGGGAGGAAACAAUUAGCUGCUGCGACAUAGUCUUAUGGGAGAUGUGGUUCGAUGGGUCCAGAACUAGCCAGAGGGUAGGCGCCGUAGGACAUAUUAUCUCACCCAUGGGGUUAGCUUACCAACUAUCGUUCAAACUCCAGUUUAAGUGUACUAAAAAUCAAGCAGAAUACGAAGCCCUGAUAUUCGGCCUCGAAAUUUUGGCCGAGCUGGGGGCAGUGUCAAUCAACGUUAGAGGCGAUUCAUUGUUGGUCAUCAAACAAGUGAUUGGGGAAUUCAAGUGCGAAUCUGAACUAUUGGUGAGGUAUUGCAACAAGGCGAAGCACCUGAUCGAAGGCUUUUAG